CUCGCCCGUGUUCUCUCUUUCGGCAAACUUCGAUUUGACAGGGUAGGUUUGGAUCAGCUAUUGCCAGAGGUUUCAUUUUCUCUCAAAUACUACAACUGGACUGUCCUAUAAACUAGAAGCCGCCUCCCCCGACAUUCUUAGGUUAAAAAGAAAGACUGAAAAUGGCAGAAACUGUUCUCUCUUUUGUGCUGGAUCAACUCUCAACUUUUCUGCACGAGGAGGGACGACUAUUGGGAGGGCUUCGGCAAGAGGUCCAAUUCAUCAUGGAUGAGUUGGAGCAAAUGAGAGCUUUCCUGCGAGAGGCAGAAGCAAGAGAAGAAGAUGCUCAACCCACGCUCCAACAAUGGAUCAAGCAAGUGCGAGAUGCUGCUUAUGACACUGAGGACAUUCUUGAUGAAUUUGUAGCUCGCUUUGCUCGGCAUCGCGCAACAGGAUUCUACGGCUCUGUUCGGAGAAUUUUCAGCUCCAUCAAGAAUUUGAGAGCUCGUCAUCGAGUUGCUAGCGAAAUACAAAGCAUCAAGUCCAGAAUCAAAAGUAUUUCUGAAGGUCAUCAAAGAUACCAAUCCGAAUAUGGUAUCUCUGCCCAAGCGUCCAGCUCACUUUCUGCUGUGAACAACACAACAUGGCGCUAUAGCAGAGAUGACGCACUGCUUGUGGAAGAAGCUAAAUUAGUUGGAAUUGACCAGCCCAAGAAACGUCUUAUUCCUGAGCUCCUUCGAGGGGAUGAUUACCAACUAAAGGUUGUUUCAGUGGUUGGUAUGGGAGGACUUGGCAAAACUACCCUAGUGAAAAGAGUCCACGAGGAUCCUGAUGUCAGAAGGCAUUUCCCAGUUCGUGCUUGGGUAACUGUCUCUGAAACAUGUGACUUUCAGUACCUCCUGAAAGACUUGAUUCAGCAGUUACACAAGGAAGGGAAUAAACCAGUCCCACAAUCGAUAGAGUCUAUGACUACCACUGAGCUGAAAAAAAUUGUCAAAGAUUUUCUUCAACAAGCUGGAAGGUAUGCGAUUGUUUUUGAUGAUGUAUGGGACGUGGAAUUUUGGAAUAUCAUCAAAUUUACACUGCCCGAGAGUAGCCACGGCAACCUUGUCAUGCUAACAACUCGAAGAGCUGAUGUAGCCUCUGCCUCUUGCAUUGAAUCUCGGGGUCUUGUCUACAGAAUGGAGCCACUCUCUGUAAAGGAUUCGAGGACCCUGUUUUGCAACAAGAUCUUUAAUGGUGGUAAUUGCCCUGGCCAUUUGAUGGAUGUUUCCAAAGGUAUAUUGGACAAAUGUGAGGGCUUGCCCCUUGCAAUCCUUGCAAUCAGCGGGCUUUUGGCUUCAAAAGAUGUAAACAGAAUAGACGAAUGGGAGAUGGUUCGACGCAGCCUUGGGGGUGAAUUAGAAGGCACGGGUAAGCUGGACAGAGUUAAAAAGAUACUCUCUCUCAGUUAUAAUGAUUUGCCUGGGCAUUUAAAGACAUGUCUGUUGUACACAAGCAUCUUCCCAGAGGAUUAUGAAAUAGCAUGCAUUAGACUAAUUCAUUUGUGGAUUGCUGAAAGGUAUGUGGAACGGAGGGAAGGAAUGAGUUUUGCAAUUGUAGCUUGGAGUUAUCUCAUUGAACUCGUCAAUAGAAGCCUAAUUCAAGUGACUAAGGUGUUUUUUGAAGGAAUACCUCAAUAUUGUCGAAUCCAUGACUAGGG